AUGGGAACGCAGAUCUCGGCGAUGGGACCGCAGAUCUCAUUGCGGUUGCAUGCCUUCAACACUCCAGCAACAACACCUUUGUUCCUGCUUCCUCCCAAGUUCGCAAGUCUUCCACACUCCAGCAACGACACCUUUAUUCACGCCCUGUCCCAACACAAAUCACCACCGUCCAGUCUUGCUCCCUCCAAAUUAUCAAGCGUCCUCCAACCACACCCCACAGCAUCCACCCACAACGAAAUGAGUCAAACCCAGAACUCGCACAGUUCAGCCACUUCCCCAUCUCCAAAUCUGCCGAGAAGGCAGAGGUGGAACACAGACGACAUCCUCUGCAUGGGCGACGACUAUACCUACGCCGAUGCCGCAAAAGAGAUCAUGUGGUUAUGGAACGAGUGGGCAGACAGUGCCGAGAACGUCCUUGGCGGGAUAAUCGAUCAGAUGGAAGAAGUGGACGUGUCAUACGACGACUACCUCGACUUCGUCAGACAACUUGCGUCAUAUCCCGCACGACCGGCCCUUCCCGCCGCCGCCGCAGAUGCCCAAAACACGUCAGACCGAGCGCUGAGCGGUGUCUGGAACGAGUGGGCGGACGUGGUUGAGAGGAUCGUAGACGAGAUGAAGAGGGCCGUCGAUCGGAGCGUUCCGCUGCCGAGGGAGCAGCGGACGCUAUGCGCCGGCAGAGCUUUCGACUUCAGCCUGGAUCUCUCGAACCAGGACCCACCGCCGAUGCAUAUGGCUGCUCAUUUGCGGGAGAUGUUGCGGGAUGGCACCGUCUCCCGCGAUGAGCUGGCCGAGUUCAUGGAGGAUCUGAGCCUUUAG